AUGGGUGGACACUUGGACCUGGAUACUGGCUCACAGUCUCUGGGUAUAAUCUUGGCAGUUUGGAUAACAUGCAUCCUCUACAGUUCACCGAAAUUCUAUUGGGGCAAUACUGUAACGGUUACAACAGAAAAUAGCAGCGAGACCGUUUGCGUUCUGAACAGGCAAAAGUUUAAUUCGAAAAUGUUCGAUAUUAUUCAUUUUGCUUUGUUGUAUCUUAUUCCAUUGGCUAUUAUAUCGAACUCCAACGGCAACGAGAAUCUCCUUCACAAUUCGGCAAACGGCAACGUGCAGAACACCAAUCUGACUCAGAACGUGUUGAAAGCGAGACGCGGCGUAAUCAAGAUGCUGAUAAUUGUUGUUUGCGCUUUUGCCCUUUGCAACUUACCUUUCCACGCAAGGAAAAUGUGGCAAUACUGGUCGCCGAAUUAUCAAGGGCACACGAAUUUUAGCGCGUUACUUACUCCGCUUACUUUUCUGUCUACCUACUUCAAUUCCGGAGUCAAUCCUUUGCUGUAUGCCUUUUUGUCGAAGAAUUUUAGAAGGGGAAUGCGUGAACUCCUACUAUGUUCGCACAAAAAACGUCACGGCAAAAGAACCCUGAUAAUGAACCACAACAGGGGUAGUACCCGUUCAACCACCCUAAGACAAAACAACUCCCUGACUACCACAGUGUACCAAGCAUGA